AUGGCACGCAAUGCGCUCCAGAAGGAGCAGUUUGUCAAGCUCAUUGUCGGUGCUGGACAGGCCAGUCCCAGUCCCCCCGUCGGUCCAGCCCUCGGUAGUAAGGGUGUGAAGAGUAUGGAUUUCUGCAAGGAGUUCAAUGCUCGUACUGCUCACAUCAACGUCGGCGUCCCCAUUCCCGCCCGUGUGACCGUCCGUCCAGAUCGCUCCUUUUAUUUCGAUCUCCGCACACCAACAACAACGUAUUUGCUCUUAAAUGCAGCCAAUGUCGAGCCCCGGAAAAAUCGCCUUCGAGGUGCCAUGAACCCCGGCCACGAGACCUGCGGCACCGUAUCACUCAAGCACAUCUACGAAAUCGCCAAAAUCAAGCAGAGCGAGACGCGGCUGUCCGGAUUGAGUCUGCAGGGACUAUGCAAGAGUGUCAUGGCGCAAGCCAAAUCAAUCGGCAUUCAAGUCGUGCACUGA